AUGGAAGUACCUAGUGAAAUUGCUGAUGAAACCACUAGCAAAGCUACCAAUGAAACUUCUAUAUCAUCAAGGCAUAUGUCUGCCGUUUGGAAACAUUUUACCUUAUUAACGGAUGAGCAAAAGGCUAAAUGUGAAUAUUGUAAUAGAUUAUUUAGUCACAAAAAAGAGUGUGGUACAUCUUAUCUAUGGUGCCAUCUUGACAUAAGUAAUAUGAUUGUCUGGGAUGAAUUAAGUUUUCAAUUUGUAGAAGAUAUCAUAAAAGCUUAUGAUAAGAGAAAAACUUUAAUCAAAGAAACCCUUCAAAAUGCUGAAGGCAAAAUUUCUCUAACUUGUGAUGCUUGGACAUCACUUCAACAACUUGGAUACUUAUCAGUUACUGCAUAUUAUCUUGAUAAGGGUUGGAACCUUGUAUUUAUUCUAUUAUCAUUUCCAUUGAUUCCCUAUCCACACACUGGUGUUAAUAUCACCAACUGUAUUAAAACUGAAAUAGAUGAAUGGUUUAUUACCACUAAAUUACAAACUAUUACCCUAGAUAAUGCUACUUCAAAUGAUGUUGCAAUUUGCGAAUUAGCCAAUUGUAUCUCACAAGACUCAUUUAUAAAUAUCAAUGAAGAUCUUUUUCAUAACUGCUGUUUUACCCACAUUCUAAAUCUUAUAGUUAAGGAUGGGUUAAAAAAAAUUUUAGAUGUUAUUGGAAAGGUUCGUAAUUGCAUUAAAGCAAUACAUACAGCACCAAGGCGGUGCCAAAUAUUUCUGAAUAUUUGUGAAUCAGAAUCUGUGAAAUCUAUAAUCCCUCUGUUAGAUUGUGAUACUCGAUAG